AUGGCAAUUAGACUUUGGAAAAAAAAAAUCCAAGUAAACCAUCGUGGGGUUGCUGAUUUGGUUGAAAGGUUUAUGAUGGCUAGAGUAAAUCGUAGUGAAGAGUUCCCAGAGCGGUCUAACAAGAAACAGUUCUCUGUUGGGUCGACACCUGCAAACAGUGAGUGGGAAAUGACAACAACAGCACCUCUUUCAUAA